AUGUUGCAAGCCUUCCUCUUUUCGGUACUACUUACCACCCUUCUCAGCAGGUCUCAUGUCAAUUCAAUAGUCCUCUCGUCUGACACAGAAUCAGCUGGACAGGUAGUCGAGCGCGCAACCAUCAAUGCCGGACUCAGUAAUAGCACUGCCAUUUCUGGUGUAGAGGGCGCUCAAUCCCCAGUUUUAAACCAUACAGGCUCUUGGGAGAAGAUUGUUGCAAAUUCGCGCGUUCGUCUGAUGGUCUAUGGAAUGGAUGGGAUCAACCAUCAAGUUCUGGCCUCCACACUCGCUUGUAUGAGAUCUUUUGUAGACCAUCACAUUGAGAGCCUCCCAGACUUCGACGAGCCUUUGGCUCCAGCGGACGACCCUUUCAACGCUUCCAAAAGUGCCCCCGGUGUCGUCCUUAAAUUUCAAGCACGUUCCCUGGGAAAUGCACGAGGGAAAGCUCGCAUGUAUUGGAGCGACUUGGAGGCUGUACUUGCGGGGUUGUACUCUGUUAUGGCGAAGGCAGAGAAUGACUAUUUGUUCAACUACGAUGUUUUCGAUACGCAAGAAGGCUUCGGGGGCCGGCAGCUUGGUACAGGAUGGCUCAAGUUGCUCAACGGUAACCCAGCCACGGAUUCAGUCGGGCAUCCUUGUGAUGUGGCUCCCAUUCCUGCGUCAAUAACCUCGAAGAAUAGGCGAGCGCUUCAGAUGCCUUGA